GCGCUUAUGGGUGAUGUAACUAAGCAGGUCUGUCUCUCCUCCUUCGAGUUACACACGCCUCCUCUCCCGCCAAUUGCUAGGCGCCAUCAGGGAGGAGCUUUGCUCAUUAGCCCAAACCAUCUUUUCACCGUCCUCCAAUCACAGCUGCGCGCCCUUGGGAACUACUUUACAGUAGCCAAACAGCGCAAGGAGAAGGGCGUGAGAAGACCAUUUGGUCUUGGGAAGUGUAGUUUAAUACUGGAAGGAAAUGUUUCGGAGAUUUCACUAACACCAGGCAGCGUAAACUACAGUUCCCAGAGGGAGUCGCGUUUGGCAUAGAACACUUUCUGCUUAGCACCUCUCGCUCUGCUCCAGUCGGUUCUGCAGUAGAGGUGACCUGACUCUUUGAGGCUGGUUGUGCAGGUGUUGAAAUUGUCCACGCAGUUCCCAAUCAUGGCUGAACCGAUCAGAGUCCUUGUGACUGGAGCAGCUGGUCAAAUUGCAUAUUCCCUGCUGUACAGUGUUGGAAAUGGUGCUAUCUUUGGUAAAGACCAGCCCCUGAUUCUCGUGCUAUUGGAUAUCACACCCAUGAUGGGUGUCCUGGAAGGUGUCUUAAUGGAACUGCAAGACUGUGCACUUCCCCUCCUGAAAGAUAUCAUUGCAACAGAUAAGGAAGAGGUUGCCUUCAAAGACCUGGAUGUGGCCAUUCUCGUGGGUUCCAUGCCAAGAAGGGAGGGCAUGGAGAGGAAAGACUUACUAAAAGCAAAUGUGAAAAUCUUCAAAUCCCAGGGUGCAGCCUUGGAUAAAUAUGCCAAGAAGUCAGUUAAGGUUAUUGUUGUGGGAAACCCAGCCAAUACUAACUGCCUGACUGCUGUGAAGUCGGCUCCAUCCAUCCCCAAGGAGAACUUCAGUUGCUUGACUCGUUUGGAUCAUAACCGAGCUAUGGCUCAGAUUGCUCUUAAGCUCAGUGUGACUGCUAACGACGUAAAGAAUGUCAUCAUUUGGGGAAACCAUUCUUCCACUCAGUAUCCAGAUGUCAACCAUGCCAAGGUGAAAUAUCAAGGAAAGGAAGUUGGUGUUUAUGAAGCUCUGAAAGAUGACAGCUGGCUCAAAGGAGAAUUCAUCUCGACCGUGCAGCAGCGUGGCGCUGCUGUCAUCAAGGCUCGGAAACUAUCCAGUGCAAUGUCUGCUGCGAAAGCCAUCGGUGACCACAUCAGAGACAUCUGGUUUGGAACCCCAGAGGGAGAGUUUGUGUCCAUGGGAGUAAUGUCUGAUGGUAACUCCUACGGUGUUCCUGAUGAUCUGCUCUACUCAUUCCCUGUUACAAUCAAGAAUAAGACCUGGAAGAUUGUUGAAGGUCUCCCUAUUAAUGAUUUCUCACGUGAGAAGAUGGAUAUUACUGCAAAGGAACUGACAGAAGAAAAAGAAAAUGCCUUUGAAUUUCUCAGCUCUCCCUGACUAGGCAGAAGUUCUGAUGUUCAUACAUGCACAAAAGCAGAAGAAUCUAAAUGUCGUCUUUGACUCUAGUACCAAAUAAUAAUAAUGCUAUACUCAAAUUACUUGUGAAAAAUGACACAUUUUAAGGAUUAUGUGCUUCUUGGUACAAAUUUGUGACAGUUUAUCAUCAUGGUAUUAGUGCUACAUUCUAAAUAAAAAUAUAUAUUCAAA